UAAUAGAUAUAAAUACUAGUAAGUGUCUAACUACUGCUUCACUUUUCUCUUUCUCUCUCCCAAAAUCCUUGAACAAGAGAGAGAGAGAGAAAGGAAGAAACACAGCGGAUUUCUUUAUCUUCUGUUCUUCGUUGACAAUGUCGGGAAACAAGCAAGAAGAGGAUCCUCGUAUUAACGGAAUCAAAACUAAGAUCCGUGUCGUUCCAGAUUUUCCCAAGAAAGGAAUAAUGUUUCAAGACAUAACAACAGUGCUGUUGGAUCCCAAAGCCUUCAAAGAUACAAUUGAUCUAUUUGUUGAGAGAUACAGAGACAAGAACAUCUCAGUGGUUGCAGGAAUAGAGGCUCGUGGAUUCCUAUUCGGUCCACCAAUAGCGUUAGCCAUUGGAGCAAAGUUCGUCCCUCUCCGUAAACCCAAGAAAUUGCCAGGUGAAACGAUAUUUGAAGAAUACGAGUUGGAGUACGGGAAUGACCGGCUAGAGAUGCACGUAGGAGCCGUUGAGGCUGGAGACCGAGCUUUGGUAGUUGAUGAUCUAAUUGCGACCGGUGGUACUCUUUGUGCUGCCAUUAACUUGCUCGAGAGGGUUGGGGCAGAAGUUGUGGAAUGUGCAUGCGUGAUCGAGUUACCCGAAUUAAAGGGAAGGCAGAGACUCAAGGGGAAGCCACUAUGCAUGCUGGUGGAGUACCGAUGAUGAUUUUAGCUGAGAUAUUUGGAUUAAUGAUUUGGUUAAUUAAGUUUUGGUUAUGCACCGAAAAUUCGGAUUACGCAGACUUAUUAUUGGAUUAUACAAUAUUUCAAUUGAAAAUCUGGUGGAUUAGCUGGAACAAAUAAUAUAAAUUUCUUUGCUGCUAAAAA